GUUAUUUUGAGCAGCAAACUUUGAACAUGAAACUAAUUUCAACUACCACAAUCCCGUCUUUCUUGCGUCCAGGCGAAACCUUUCGUCAAACUUGGCGACUCAGUAAUUCAGGCCGUAGUAGCUGGCCCCUCAGAUCUUAUCUGAUACCCGUAAGCGGUUACUUACUAAAAGGCGCCCAGCCAGUGGACGUUCCUAGUCUUUUUCCCGGCAGCGAGUGCGAAAUCGGGCUUAGUUUCUGCUGCCCUUCAACUCCGGGACAAUAUGCUCUUUCCUGGAAGAUGUGGAGCGAAGACAACUGCGUGUAUUUCGGGGAACAGAUUUGGACAGUUGUCAUAGUCAACGAAGUUGCUCCUGCCGAGGAGAAACGAGAAAUGGAUUGUGAAAACCAAGUAGCGAAUUUGGAGGCUGCCUUCUCCCGCUUGUGAGUGCACACGCCUUUACCCGUCGCUUUUCUUCAAACCACCUCUUAAGCUUACCUAAUCCCAAGAUCAGCUUUUUCAUAGGCGUAACUUCCUUUCACACAACCAUUAAAAAAACU